AGACUUUUGCUCGAAAGUCCUGCUGCUAUCUCUUUUGUUGUUGUCACAACUCCUGCACCAAACGUCCUCACAACAAGCCCCCACCGAAUAUGGAUGUGGGUGAUAUCAGCUGGAGUAGAGGCGGCGACAGGCAGAAGGAAAAGGACGCCGUCCUGUUCGACGCUCCAGGGGUGACGCGGCUGGUGGACGUUCGGUGCCAGAGGGACCCCGAGUGGAGCCUCCAGCUGCUCCAGCGCGCCGCGCCCUCCCUGGAGGAGCUGAGUGUGCACCACCCCAGCGAGGCCCACCUGCUCGCGGUGCACGCCAUGCCGCGGCUCAGGAGGCUGCACGUGACGAGUGUUCCUGCCCCGUACAGGGGGAACCCGAACAUACCAGAUUUCGCCAAGCCACCCACAGAAGAACCACGACCGAGACACGCCCUGCAGUGGCUCAGGGUGUGGGGCCUCCCCCGCGUAACGCUGGGGACCCUGCUGCGGGCGCACCGCGAGUCGCUGGAGGAGCUGCAGCUGUCGGUGGGCACGGCGGAGCCGCUGUUGGAGGUGGCGGCUGUAGCGUUGGUGGACAAGAUGAGUAGUUGUAAGGCGGAGCCGCAGCCCUGGUGGCCAUACAACGGUGGCGACCUGCACAUCCAAGUUGUGCGACUUCACGACCAACUGCCACUGCCGUGGCGCGGCCUGCGGGCGCUGCGGAGGCUCGUGCUGGAGAGGAGUUCUGUCUUUCAUGAUGCGGCCCACUGCGUCAGGCAGCUUGCCCAAAUGCGGCCGUUGGUGGACGGGGCCGAGGUGCUGUGCGACAAGUGCGACGGUGUGGCCGGGGAGGAACUGUAGGGGCGGCGAGAGCGACGGCGGCGCCCAGUGAGUGACGGAAAAUUCCGCGAGCAGCGCGCCACGAGACGGGAGGAGGAAGUGGACAGGAACAGUCCAG